AUGUUGUCCAUCAACUUCUCAACCCCUUUAGCAGGGGCUGCUCGCUCCGAGAGAAUCAAGCAGAUGACCAACAACCAUCCCGCCUUCGCCAAGGCCCGAGUCUCGCAGGAGAUCCUCGUCAAGCUACAGACCUCGCUCCGUCGCAUGCCCGGCGUCUCAUCCAAGGAGUCUAACGAGAUCAUCUCGCAGCUCCAAGAAGUUGGCCAGAUUAUUAGCCAGGAGACUAGCCAGCUUGUUGAUGCGCUGAUGAACCUGACUCUCGACCAGGAGGACACUGACAAGGCCAUCGCGCGCAUGAGCAUCGAGGCCAACCUCACCAAGGCCGAAGCAGACGACCAGGCGCAGACUAUUAGCAACCUUCGCGUCGAGCUCUCAUCGGAGCGGGACAAGCGCAAGGAGGCCGAAGCUGAGGUUGGCAAGGUCAUGGAAGACCUUCAGACUCUUACUCGCGACUUUAAGUCGUACAAAGAGAAGGAUGCCAAGUCCGAGGAUGGCAAGUCUCCAAGACGCGAGGAGAUGAUCAAGCAUCUCGAAGACACCAUUAAUCACCUGGAAGGGCAGGUGAACAACCGCCGCUCGCUCUGGGUCAUGAAGCACUCGAGUGCCGAGUCUGUUGCCCGCGCCAUCGGGACCAUUGCCGAUUCCUGUAAGGACAAGGAGGUUGUCCAGAAGACCAUCAUGUCGCUGCGACCUGACGCUCGAGACGAACCCGAGCCACGAGACUCCAAGAACCUCUCGCAUGUCUUCACUGACAUGGCCGCUCAGCCUCCUCGUCCUCCUACCGGCUUUCAGCCCACCCGCGCCGCAGCCUAUGCUCCUCCACGAUUUGGACCCUUGGCUUCUGGGCCUCCUCGAGCCGCCUCGACGAUCCCUUCCGAUCGACGACACCCAGUCCACUGGGCGCCACCUACUCCCGCUCAGUCUCGCUUCGGAAACCACCCAGGCAAUGGAGUCGGGCCAGUUGGCGGCUUUGGGCGAGCUCCUUCGCGUCGGGGCUUCCAGCACAAUGGAACAUACCGUGCCAAUAUCCCGGAUCAAUACUCUCAGCACAUGCCUCCCACCGACAAGGGCUUUGGCCGUCCUGAGAGUGCAUUCGGACAGCGCCGAGAGUACUAUCCCACAACUCCAUCUGCGACCCGCGGCAAGUACGGCCGCUUCCGCGAUCCUAUUUCCCCUGACUACGCCAAGGCACAGUCCACGGCGCUCGCUAGCCGCGGUGCCUUUCCCGGCCCUCUCAUCCACAUCACGGAGAUGACUGUAGCUGCUUGGAACGAGCAGAUCAUGGAGCUCUACACGGUCAUUCGCACCUUUGUCGAGAACAACGCCAAUGAGCCCAGCUACACAGUGCCCUCUGAGCUCUCCCAGACUCGUCUUUGGCCCGUUCUCCUGGCGACCUACUACCCUCUUUCAGAGGCCGAGGCAGUCUCCUACCUCGAGUUCCACCUCAAGGAUGAGAGUUCCAAGUCGUGCCUUGUCACCCGAGUCCUUGUCGACUUCAUUGUCAACCGCGUCUGGGUCCCUCGUGCCUGGUGCGGCGCCGACACUGAGGCAACCUAUGGCCUCAUGGACAUUGAGAAGGACCUGGAGCGAACUCAAGGUCAACCAUCUUCCCACCGCCAGCCAAUCCUCGACCGCCAAGCCGGAGUCAUCGACUCCAUCCUGAAGCUCGACCAGUACACGCCGUUCAGCAAGAUGCGCAUCGAAGAGAUCACCGAAAUGAUACUGAACAUGAUCCAGCCGCUUUUGAACGAGGCCGCCAACCCGACUGGAACAUACCACGACCUGGAGCUGGUCUCCGCCACGGCAUGGGCGUUGUCGUCUCGCAUCCUCAGCAGCCGCCUGACAUUCGACUUCCGCUUCCCCGAGGUUGGCUGUCGCUUCUCGUGCCAGUCCAUGAUCCCCAUCUGGCCCAACAUGGAUCCCAUGGAGCUGCAGGCCAAGCACUGGCGAGUUGCCCUCGUCACGACACCAGUUGUUACCUGCCGCAACGACACAGGCGCCAACAUUUCCGCCCACUCAGUCGCCCUCGCGGAUGUGGUCUGCAUGCAGUAA